GAUGGGUGUUCUGCAUGACCCUUUAAAGUUGUUUGUUGCAGUAUUCUGCAUCCAACUUCUUCUAGCUGCUUUCUAAAUCUGGGUCUGUCUACCAGUCAUUUUGAAAAAAGGGAUGUGAAACACUUCUUUCAUCUCCUUACAAUGAUUUAUGGGAUGAUGGCAUACUUGUAAAGAACUGGAAAGAAUGGUAAGAGAGAGAGAACAGCUACACAGCUUGGUGUCAUUCUGGAAUAUUGCUGGAAAUGCAGUAGCCUCUGUUAUCCAUCUGCUUUAGAUCACAGGAAGCUUCUGAGUGAAUCUCAGGGUGCUGUCUUAGAACAUCUUUCAGAACAAACAAGAACAAUUCAGUUUCAUUUCUCUGGAGAAGAAGUGAGAAAUAAGAAAAUGACUCCGAUUUUUUUUUUAAUGCUUAUUUUUGAAUCUGCCACUGGGAAGCUGUGUCCCCUUCGUGCUUCCAUUGAUGUGCUAGAAGGGGAAUAUUUUUUCCUUUGUUAUCUUGAGUCAGUGCGAGACCAUUUUCAGGAAGGAGCAUACACAAUAAACUGGUACAAAGAUAAUGCUGGAAAGCAGGAACUGAUAAAGGAGUCACACAGAAUUGUUUCCCAAAUGAAUUUUCUGGAGUUUUGGCCAGUUGAACUCAGUGACUCUGGGAAUUACUCUGUCAUUCACAGCAAUGGAAAACAAAAUCUCACAGUUCAGAAGUGGACUUUGAAUGUACUUGAAAGAAACAAAAGCAGCUGUUUCAACAAAAAUCAUUUAACUACAGAAAUUAAAAAUGCUGGAACUGGUCAUUCACUGAAAUGCAGUGAUUUGUCUGUCAGUGAAAAUAACAGCAUAACAUGGUACAAGGACUGUAAGAACUAUGAAAACGAAACAGAGCGGGAACUGGAUUUUGAAACCUUAACAGUACAGCACUCAGGGAUAUAUACCUGUAAAAUUUUAAUCAGCCAUGAAGGAAAGAUAUACCACAGCACAAAUACAAUUAAGCUGGUAGUAGAAGAAGAUGCACCAGAGACUGUAACUUUGGAGAUAGUUGGACGCCAUGAAGAAAUUGAAACAGAAAUAGGUAAAGAAGAGAUACUCAAUUGCACAGGGUUCUUGGGUUAUUAUAUGCCAGAAGACACCAGCCUCUACUGGUUAAUUAAUCAAGAGUUUCCAGAAAAAUGCACAGGUAUCCCUGAGACAGACCCUUCAGUAUGUGAAGAAGAAUUCAAAAAAUUACAGCUGGGAAACAAGUUCUAUGUCACAAGGCUACUACAGAUUAAAAAAGUAACAGAGGAGGACAUGCGUCAUAAUUUCACCUGCAUGUUGCAAGCUGAUGAAACAACACAAACAAAAAUAGUGAAACUGAAGAAAGGGAACACCCGAGAUCUGCCUGUGCACGUUUUUACAACAGGAAUGGUCCUUGCUGUACUAUUUCCAUGUGCUGCUGUAGCCGCAGUGUUUGUCUGUGUGAUGUUUAGAGUCGACUUAGUUCUAUUUUACAGGAACGUGUGCGGAAGAGAUGACACUGCUAGAGAUGGAAAAGAAUAUGACGCAUUUGUGUCUUACCUGAAAGACUGUGUUUCUCCUACUGAAGAAGAGAGAGAAUUUGCUUUGAAGAUAUUGCCCAUGAUACUAGAAGAGAACUUUGGGUACAAGUUAUGUAUAUUUGAGAGGGAUGUAUCCCCUGGAAGAGCGGUUGUUGAUGAUAUCCAUUCAUUCAUUGACAAAAGCCGAAGAUUAAUCAUUAUACUGAGCCAGAACUACAUUUCUGACAGAGCCAUAUAUGAACUUGAAAGCGGACUGCAUAAAGCCCUAGUUGAAAGAAAAACUAAGAUCAUAUUAAUUGAGUAUAUGCCAAUAAGUGACUACAGUUUCUUGCCAGAAUCACUGUCUCUUUUACCAUCAAAGGGGGUUGUGAAGUGGAAAAAGGAUAAAUCUCUUCCUGUGAAUUCCAGAUUUUGGAAGAACCUUCGGUACCUGAUGCCAGCGAAACCUACUAAGAAAAACAUCAAAGGUCACUGUAAUAAUCGUGACCUAGGCUCGCAAGGGGCUGAGCCACGGACUGAGGGCUGUGAGUUUAAUGGAGUUCUAUAACAGUUCUGGAGGCAGAAGACUGUGCAUUUUGCUAACUACUUGAAAACACAAACUGCACACUUGCUUUGGAAAGACAGUGUUCAGAAGAGGCCAAGUCUGGGAUCUGAGAAGAAUGUAGAAAUUGCUACAGUGGCCAAGAUGCUAAAUGUUAUCCCAAAGAGUUUCCUUAACAAUCUGCACAAGAAGCAGAAAUUCCAUUCUGCUUAGGACUUGCCACAUGGCACAAAAUACAAUGCAGGACAUUUUGAUUUCACAUUUUUCAGUAAUGUAAAAUGAUAUGAAUUAUACGUGCAUACAUUUUGAGUCCCCUUAAUAAAUGGAUCUCUAUUUGACACAUA